AUGAGUUCUGUCAUUAGCUAUAAGUUUAUUAUUGUUGGAGCAAGCGGAGUUGGAAAAACCGCCAUUCUUAAGAGACUCGUUGAAGACUCUUUUACUGAGGAGUCCCAAUCAACAAUUGGUGUUGAGUUUGAUUCAACUAUGCUUACAAUAGAUGGUAGAAAAGUUAAAUUACAGAUAUGGGAUACGGCUGGUCAGGAAAGAUUCAGAUCCAUAUCUAAAGCUUAUUAUCGAAAUGCUGUUGGCGUCAUUCUUGUAUUUGAUCUCACUGAAAGGAAAACAUUUGAAGAUCUCAGCUCUUGGCUCUACGACGUACAUACACUAUGCGAUCCAAACUGCGUCAUUCAACUUAUUGGAAACAAAUCAGAUUUGGCUGAUAACAGAGUCAUAUCUCUUGCAGAAGCCGACGCUUUCGCACAGAGAAACCAUAUGCAUUAUUUGGAAGCUUCAGCUAAAUCAGGUUCUUGCAUUUCAGAAGCUUUUACUCGCUGCGCUACUGAAAUCAUCUCGAAAGGGCUCAAGGCGUCAAAUGGAAAUGUAGACAAAACGCCACUUAUGCCAGAUUCGAAGAAAGAAGAUGUUUGCAACUGCUGA